AUGUUUCAACGCCAUCACUAUGAAACAUUAAUAAUAAUUGCCGAUGACGAACCCCAGCUCGGAUUAUUUCAAACUACAACACAGUUCAAUUACAGCAACAACUACAAAACAACAGCAACAACAACGGAUGUAAUACCAAAAUUGAUUUUAACCCAAGACUCUUUACACGGAUUUGAAAGUACUUGCAAUUUGAAUUCAAAAUUUUUAAUUGUACUCAGCAUACCAGCACAUACCGAUGAUACCAGCACUGGAAAAAGUAAUAAAAUUUUAGAAAAAUUUCUCAAAAUUCAUCCAAAAACAUUAAAUAUGAAAAUUGUGGUAUUGAUGAAAUCAUUGCAACCUCCCAGUAAGAGAGAUUUAAAAGAUUAUUUUCUAUAUUUUAAAAAGCUACAACUAUAUGAUGUGCUGGUAAUACCCAUUAAAACUAAUGAACUUGAUAUUUUUUAUACUUAUACAGUAUUGCCCAGAUUAGAAAUCCUAACAAGACAAUUCAAUACUUUGGAUUCCUCAGAGUAUUUUGUAGCACAAAUAGGCAAUUUACAACAACAUCCUUUGCUCACGUACCCCGAUCAAUUGCAGCCACGUACUCUCUUGCAUUACGAUAAAAAGGGCCAAAUAAAAAUGUUGGGCUACAUUGGACGUCUCAUUUCAACAUAUGCCCAGAAAAUAAAUGCCUCUAUAAAAUUUCCAUUUCCAUUAAAGAUUAACAAUCCCCUGUUCUUUACCGACGUCUUGCAAAUGACUUUAAAUGGUUCCCUGGAUAUACCGGCCAGCAUAGCUUGCCCCAAUGAAGUAGAAGCCAUGAAAUAUUUCAGCCGUUUUAUAGAGGUGGGUAAAUGGUUUCCCAUGUUGCCCGUAGCUGACUAUAUGAUUCCCAUGGAUAUUUAUUAUAAAUUAUUGUUACAAGACUUUGGUUCUCUGUUUAUCAUUAUGUUAAUAAUUUAUUCCCUUUUUCUACUUCUAAUAGAAUUGCUACGCAAUCUUACUGAAUCAUUUACCUCAAUACUUCACAAGUCCCUAAUAAAUCAGCAAGUAUUUUUGGGUCUGUUAGGGUCUUCAUUUAAAAUGCGCCAUAGCUGUAAAUAUUAUAAAUCCUACAAGUUUCUGUUAAUACUUAUACAAUUUACUGGUUUUAUGAUGACCAUUUUCAGCAACACUUAUUUAACCUCCAACAUUACCACGCCCCCCAAAUAUCCGGAAAUCAAUUCUCUGGACCAUUUGCAGAAACACAAUUUAAAAAUUCUUAUGCUGCAGCAUGGUCUCAAUUUGCUUGACUUGUAUGUUGGCGAUGAAUUAAAAAACAAAUAUAUAUCAUCCAUUUAUGUGAUACGAAAUGUAUCCGAAUUUAUUGAGUUGCGCAAUAAUUUCAAUAAAUCAGCAGCUUAUGCCGUCUCCAGCAGCCUAUGGUCCAUUUAUGAGAAACAACAAAUGUAUUUCUCUGAAAAAAUCGUUCGCUACUCCAAACACCUGUACUUUAGUAAUCUAAUGAUUUAUGCCUUGCCUUUGCCAGCAAAUUCCAUUUUUGAAAGAUCUUUAAAUAAGUUUAUUGGCGAAUUACUAUCGGCUGGAAUAUUACAGCACUGGUAUAAGUCUUCAUUCUACGAUAUGAUUGAAACGGGUCAUAUGUCGUUUAGGGACAUGAGUAAUGCUCGCGAAUACAACAAGGUCCAGUUCGGGGACUUUAAAAUUCUUUGGUUAGUCUGCGCUAGUGGCCUGAUGGCAAGUUGUUUAGUAUUUAUUAUAGAAUUAAUUGUUUAUAAACUAAAGUUAAAUACUCAUAAAUAA